AUGGCGGCCGUGCUGCUUAAAGCCGCACAAACGCCUAGCUGGCGCACGGCGCAUACUUUCGCAUACCACCCGAGUCUGGCCGGCCGGCUACGCAGCACACGAGUCGGAGCGCACUUGCGAGUGUUCACUACAAACCAAGGCCCCUUAUGGAACAAGUCAGAAAAGAAAGAUUCCUCUGUCACAUCCGACCCUACUACCCCCACUCCGCCGCAAUUGAAGAAUGCCAAGCUGGUCCCGGAGUCGAAAGAGACCGCGGGCAGGAAGGCGCCGCCCGAGAAGGACUUGCUGAGCGAGUCUUUGGCCACGAAUAAAGAACAGGGAAAGGCAGACUGGGCUAUCAUGAAAGAGGUGGCCAAGUAUCUGUGGCCAAAGGAUGAUUGGGGCACGAAACUCCGUGUCGGUUCGGCACUUGCACUUUUGCUCGGAGGAAAGAUUCUAAACGUCCAAAUUCCCUUCUACUUCAAGAGCAUCGUCGAUUCAAUGAAUGUGGACUUUGCUACCCUUGGAGGGACAGCAUACACUGUGGCUGGAUCGAUGGUUAUUGCCUAUGGUGUUACGCGAGCGGGAGCAACAUUGUUCCAAGAGCUACGCAAUGCAGUCUUUGUUAGUGUUGCCCAAAAGGCCAUUCGAAAACUCGCUUCAAAUGUGUUUGAGCAUCUGUUGCGACUAGAUCUCAACUUCCACCUUGCUCGGCAAACUGGAGGUCUGCAUCGCGCCAUCGACCGCGGUACUAGGGGUAUCAGCUCAUUGCUGAGCUCCAUGGUCUUUCAUAUCGCCCCGAAUGCACUUGAAAUCUCGCUUGUCUGUAGUAUCUUGACGUAUCAAUAUGGGUUUCAAUUUGCUGCUAUCACUACUGCAACCAUGGCUGCUUACACGGCAUUCACUAUCACGACAACUGCCUGGCGAACCAAGUUCCGCAAACAGGCUAACGCUGCCGAAAAUCUUGGGUCAACCGUGGCAUAUGACUCGCUCAUCAACUACGAGGCUGUCAAGUACUUCAAUAACGAGAAAUUCGAAAUUGCCCGAUACGACAAGGCCCUAAAGCGCUACGAAGAUGCGUCAAUCAAGGUGGCCACAUCCUUGGCAUUCCUCAACUCUGGUCAGAACAUGAUCUUUUCCUCUGCGCUGGCCGCAAUGAUGUACCUGGCUUGCAAUGGAGUCGCUGCUGGAACUAUGACCGUCGGUGAUCUCGUCAUGGUCAACCAGCUGCUCUUCCAGCUCUCGGUGCCUCUCAAUUUCCUGGGUUCUGUUUACCGGGACACGCGCCAGUCUCUGCUGGACAUGGAGACGCUAUUCAAUUUACAGAAAGUCAAUGUCACCAUCCAGGAGCGACCCAAUGCCAAGCCCUUGCAACUCACCCGUGGCGGCGAGAUUCGCUUCGAGAACGUCACUUUUGGUUACCACCCCGAACGUCCAAUCUUGAAGAAUGCCACAUUCACUAUCCCUGCAGGACAGAAGUUCGCUAUCGUCGGCCCUAGUGGUUGCGGAAAGUCCACUAUCCUUCGUCUGCUGUUCCGCUUCUACGACGUCGAAUCCGGCCGCAUCUUGAUUGACGGUCAGGAUAUCCGUGAUGUGAGCCUCGAGAGUCUUCGCAAAGCCAUCGGCGUAGUGCCCCAGGACACACCCCUAUUCAACAAUACAAUCAUCCACAACAUUCGUUAUGGACGUAUCGAUGCCACAGACGAAGAGGUGCAUCAGGCUGCUGAACGAGCCCACAUUGACAAGCUGAUCGGGACUUUGCCCAAUGGCUACCAAACUGCCGUUGGAGAACGCGGAAUGAUGAUUUCCGGCGGAGAAAAGCAGCGAUUAGCAAUUUCUCGCUUGAUUCUGAAGGACCCGCAGCUUCUGUUCUUUGACGAAGCCACUUCCGCACUUGAUACCUACACGGAACAGGCCAUCCUACAAAACAUCAACAGCAUUCUCAAAGACAGGAGCCGCACCAGCGUGUUUGUCGCCCACCGUCUCCGCACGAUCUGCGAUAGUGACCAGAUCUUGGUGUUGAAGAACGGUGAAGUUGCCGAAAUGGGCUCGCAUCAGGAGCUUCUCGGGCACGAUGGCACAUAUGCUGAGCUCUGGAAUGCCCAGGAACUGUCGCUGGCACAAGAUGUUGACUUGGAGCGCAGCCAGGGGGAAGAUCUCCCAAAGGCUUAA